AUGAAUAAGGCAGCUAUCAUACUAGGUAUAUUUAGCCUUAUUUGUGUUGGUUUGUGCGAGGAAAAGGCUGAAGACAAGCCUAAAGGUCCAGUCAUUCGUGCAAGACUCGAGGUACUUUGUGUUAACAAAAUCCUUAACGCAAGAAGCCAUGAUGCAAGAAUCAAGUACAUUCCUGGGGCAGAUCCUGUUAUGCAUCUAUAUGAUGAAGAGGGGAAGGAAGUCAAGAAAGUAGAUGUAGCAGAAAUGAGCAAAGAAGAUAUCAAAACCUUGCUCRAGUCUCAUGGCUUGAAAAGAAAUGAUGCCAAGAUGAAAGAGGAGGAUCAGGAAGAGCCAGAAGAUGAGGAGCCACUACCACCAUACGAUGGAUCACAGGAGGAAUUCCCAGAGGAGGAGGAUGAAGAAGAAGAUGUUGAAGAACCAUCAGAAUUACCAGAGGGUGAUGAAGCAACUCCAAAGGAAAAAGAAGAGUUAUAAUAAUAAUAAUUCUGCAUUAGCUUCAACUAGUAGAAAAUCAACACAAUUUCAAAUUUCAUUUUAUUGAGUCUUAUCACAGCAAUUUACCCUUAAAUUUCUCUUAAGAAGCCCCCCGAUGUUUUUUACCUUACUUUUGAUCAAAUUCCAUAUUCUCUAUAAUUACUUAGUUGUUAGAAUUUAAUCAUUGCAGCCUUCUUUUCUAUUGUCAUAAGUACUGUUUCUUCUUUGAGCUUUUUGUAGAAAAUUUCAGAAAUUUUCAACAUCUUUUUUCUACCUACUUUUCUACACAAUUGCACAAAAUUCCUCAAAAGGAAUAAUAAUCAUAUUGCACAGACCUUCAUAACAUAACACAUUCGUAAGCAAGACAGUGAAUGGUGUUUUAAAGAAAGAGAAAUUAUGACGUGAGUUGUGGUCAAUUCAAAUAUCCUUGCUCACUGAUGAAGGUGCUCUUUCUUCUGAACCAUUCAAUUGGCGAGAGAGGUGUAUCAAGACACUAUGACACUGCCGAUGUAAAUACUUCUAAAGCAUGGGUGGUUGAUGUUGUCUAAAACCCUGUAAGCUGAUACUUGAUKGAGAGUGUUAUGCAAUAAAUGGAAACUGUGUAAUUA